GGGUUACGGCGGUUAUUGACACUAUUGUACCCCCGGGAUUGUACCUAAAAGUUAUAAGAGAGAGGCGCGGCGUAGACUGUGAUUGGAAGACACAAAGUGUCAAUCCUCGGCGAGCCUCGGCAUCAUGGCCGCAUCACGCUACCUACAGGCUACAAUACAUGAUAUAUGACCAUGCAGUAGUUGGCGACAAGUGGUUAGAUUUGGAGCUACUGGUCGUACAUGGGCACCAAUGCAAUAGUACAAUUAUUUAGAGGAAAAAUAACUAUCGAAUCGUAUCGACAGUUACGAUAGAAUACGCUGAAUGGCUGGGCGUCACCGAAAUCGAGCACGCAAAAGGCAGCGUCAGCGACAGCGUCAGCGCUAUGGUCAGCGUGCUGAAAACAAUAUGGCGACACCAUCGAACAUAGAGAAGUGGGUAGGGUGCAAAUUGAAGAUCGAAGCAAGUGACGGGCAGUUCACUGGCACUUGCCAUAGUGUCAAUCUUUUGGAUAUGUGUCUAACCCUUUCUGAUGUCACGACAGAAACUGGAAAGCCAGUUCAUGGACUGCGCAAUUUUUACCAGCAUGAAAUACAGAACAUUGAAAUGGUUAGUGCUGGUACUGUGAAAUCCCAUCUUGGAGACAAUGUGACUGGCAGGCAGAAAUCAGUAAUGAUAAAACACACGCAGCCAAGACACCUGAAGAAUUUAGUUGAUGUCUCCCAAAAUCAGGUUAGAGGCAGUGCAUAUGGAUUGGCAAAAUCCAAGGCUGAGCUGAGGGUCUCCCACGACAGCGCACUGCCCACCGACAGUUCCGAGGAAGAGCAACGUGCACCCGCGGUCACACUGAAGUUCGGCCGGCCCGUGAAGAUCCUCAUCAUCGAUCAGGUCGAUGACGAAUUCUUACAAUCGAUCGAGCACAUUCGCAAGCAGAGUGUGAUCGGCCUCGCGAUCGAGGGCAAGUCGUUGAGCCGCGUCGGCAAGCUGUGCUGGGUGCAGGUCGCGACGGGCCGCGCCGUCUACCUGUACGACAUCGUCUCGCUCGGCCGCGAGGCGUUCGAGCGCGGGCUGCGCGACGUCCUCGAGAGCCCCACACCGAGCAAGGUGGUGCACGACUGCCGGGCGAUGUCCGACGUGCUGCACCACGUGUACGCGACAUCGCCGCGCAACGUGUUCGACACGCAGGUCGCCGCCGCGAUCAUCUACCGCGCCCGCCACGCCGGCGACCUCCCGCGUUACGUUGACAGCCUCCCCGACUGCCUGAAGCACCAUCUGGGCCUCACCGACGAGCGGCUGAACUACGCACGCGUGCGGCAGCAGUAUGCCGACCGCGACGAGGCGCAGUGGGAGCGGCGCCCCCUGGCGGUGGACGCGACGGACCGGCUCGUCAAGGACGUCGUCUACCUGCUCGACCUGCGCGCGGCGAUGAUGGAAGCGAUGCUCGAGGACUUUAUGUUUGGCGUCAACGUGUUUCUCGCGGAUAUGCGCGAUGCGCCGGCGGACGACGUGGCGCGGCGCGUGCAACACGCACACCGCGUGCCCGACGCUCUCGCUGAGCUGAACGUGAUCGCACGCCGUCGCCGCAGUGCUGGCCACCGGAGGGCGCCACCGACGCUCGACGGCUUUGCGGAGAACGUGAGCUGCAUCAACGAGCCGGGCGUCUUCUUUAGUCGAGACAUCUGGCACUGCCGCGCCGGCGACGGCGAAUCCGCCGCCUCCGGUCAAGCGCAGGCCGCCGGUCGGCGCGAUCCUGUCCACACUGACCCGUCAGAUGCCAAGGUCGUCUUCCGGCCGGCCGGCAUGCCUCCGCUGGAGGUGAACAGGGAGCAGGGUGGCGCGCAGAGGCAGGAAGCGCCGACUCCGCGACGGAGCCCCGGAGGUGUGUCGCGGGGUGCGCCGACUCCGCGACGGAGCCCCGGAGGUGUGUCGCGGGGUGCGCCGACUCCGCGACGGAGCCCCGGAGGUGUGUCGCGGGGUGCAUCGUCGCCUAGAGCGCAGGCCUCCUCUCCUGGGCAAGCCAAGCUAACUCAAGAUGCGUCCACGGGGGCAUUGCCUGUGGCGCUGUCUUCCCCUCCUGGGCAAGCCAGGCUGGCCCCAGCCGCAUCCCCGGGGGCGUUGCCAACGAGUGGUGCGGAAGCCGAUCGGCAAGCGGGAGAAACCGAACAGGAGGCGGCCGUGUUGAAGGUGCUGAAAGCGCUUCGAGGCGAAGGCGACUAGAUGAGCGGUCGUCUUCUACCGUCAAAGCAAACUGACCAUCAAGUCAAGCUGACCGUCAAAGCAAAAUCGUCAACCGUACGCAUCUCGCUGUCCAUUUACGUAGAUGGUGCAAUGUGAUUCAGGGGCCCGUUGUCAGAAACAUCGUAAAGUUAAAGCUAAUGUUAAUGCUGCGAUAUCACUUACGACUAAUGCUACACAGAAAUGCAUCGCAGCUAUGAGAAACUUUGGAUAGCGGGAACUUAAUAAUUUUCUGUCACAAGGCUGCCGAUUGGCUGAGAAUUCAUCACAAAACUCAAAUGCUUACACAUUUAUUGUACAUGACAGCAAUUUAUGCAUAUUAUGAUGGUGAACCAGGGUUCGUAGCGGGUCUUCCAGUC